AUGUCGAGUGCAUUAGGUAACAGAAUUCACCCUCUUCGAAACUCUUCAUUACUCCGAUUUCCUCUCAAUUUCAUCAGAACCCUAUCAUCUUCUACUCCUUCUCCUUCUGAUGCCGCCGCUACUACUAAGAAAUCCAAGCGAAGAAAAAAGAAAAACUUUUUCGAAGUGGCCCAGUUCUUACCUAGCUGGGGAAUCGGAUAUCACAUGGCCAAGACUCACUGGAAAGAAGUUUCUUACGAAAUCACUAAACUCAAUCUCUACAAGGAUGGAAAACAUGGCAAAGCAUGGGGCAUUGCUCAUAAAAACGGUUUGCCUUUAGUAGAUGCUCCAAAAAAAAUUAGUGGAGUUCACAAGCGAUGCUGGAGGUACCUCCCAAAUGUAGUAAAAGCAUCAGAAGCUUCACCAACGUUGACAAGUUCCACAGACAGUGACUUAAAAGUUGAAGCACAAGCAAGUUAA